AUGGAAGCAUUAACAGAUUCGGGAUCGGACCCGCUCCUUUCAGCAGCACUUCGCUCUCCAAUGCAUAAUCCGAUUCUUUCGAUGGACGAUGAGGUGGAUGACAGUUGUGAUGACGUGGAUGAGGUCUCUCCAACGAGUAUUCAUGACAAUCAUUUCAUUGAUUUCGCCGAAGAUCUUGUUGUGAGUGAGAGGAAGUUGGCUCAACAGGGAAGGAGUACUAUCAGAAGUGGACCAUUAAUCUGCGACAACUACGCAACACUUACCAACCUUCGACCACUCCCUCCAAUAUCUACGGUAACUUCAAAAAAGUAUCAGAAUACAAGACAAUCUCCAUCUCCGAACCCGAGUUCUUUGAACUACUAUUUUCCUACUUCUUCGACAUCCAGUUACGAAUUGAAGUAUGAAGAAGAAGAAGAUGAUGAGUGUGGAGGGUUAACUCAUUCAUCGUCGUCUCCAUCUGACUUCAGCAAUCAUGGAACUGAAAUACAUCACCCAUUUUCCGCUUCAUCGUUCGAUUCUUUUGAUGUUUCCACAUCUUCAAACGCUACGAACCAAACUGUUAUGAACUCGACUGACAAGUUUAUUGCAAGAAUUCAAGAAGCUGAUAGUACUACAAAAUCACCCAAAGGAACAUCUCCGGCUGCUUUAAUUAUGGGACACGGCGAGGAUGAUAUCGACGACGGAGAAGAGUUGAACACAAAGGAGUUGGCUCUUCAAAUCGCAUCGGAACUCAAAAGAUAUUCUAUCCCACAAGCCAUUUUUGCCGAAAGAGUUCUUUGCAGAUCUCAAGGAACUCUGUCCGAUCUGUUACGCAACCCAAAGCCAUGGAAUAAACUGAAAAGCGGUCGAGAAACAUUCAGAAGAAUGGCGAAAUGGCUUGAGGAACCAGAGUUUCAAAGAAUGUCGGCGUUGCGAUUAGCCGCAUGCAAAAGAAAAGAAGAGUUAUCCACAAGUCCAACCACCCCAAUGAUUGUUCCAAAGAAGACACGUCUCGUUUUUACUGAUAUUCAAAGAAGAACCCUUCAAGCGAUUUUCCGAGAGACAAAAAGACCUUCUCGCGAGAUGCAAAUCACAAUUUCCCAACAAUUGAAUUUGGAUCCGACUACUGUUGCCAACUUUUUCAUGAAUGCAAGAAGACGUGGACAUGAUUUGAAGCAAGAAACCCCAGAAAGGGAAAUGGAAGAAUCGAAUAUUCAUCAUGUAGAUCAUCACUCUUCAUCGUCUUCCUGUGCUUCUACGAGUUCUUCUUCUUCAAUGCAAAUGGAUAAUUAUAUCUGUGACAUCAAUACAAUCAAUAUUCUCGAAGAGGAAGAGUCAACUCCACCAAGAGAAACAUUGUAUUCGAUACAGCUUCACGAACACGAACUCGAUUUCCCUGCCAACAUAUUGGAGCCGUAA